AGUUAAAUCCGCGCUCUCUUUCACACACAGAGAGAAAGAGAAAGAGAAAGAGAAAGAGGGAGAGGGAGAGAGCUUUACCAGAUCUAAACCCAGCUACUUACAUCACAAAGCUUCCUUUCCCCAAACAGAACUCCUGUCUUGAUGAAUAUCACAAGACCCCAUCAACAUCCCCUCUCCACCCCAUGCAUGACAUCAUUGAAUUGAGUAUCUUUGCCUCUGCAAGAAGAAACUGAGCAAUCCAUCGCAUACGCAACCUUGCUAAUUUACACACAGCCAUUCUUUUCUCUCUCACUUUCUUUCCCUCCAUGGUGCCCCCAGAUAAUCUUCAGGAGAAACAGACCUCCAAAGAAGACAACCAAAGCUCUUCUAGUAGCCGUAAAACAGCCACGACAAGGCCACAAGAGCAAGCCUUGAAGUGUCCAAGAUGUGAGUCACCCAACACAAAAUUCUGCUACUACAACAAUUACAGCUUAACACAGCCCAGACAUUUUUGCAAGACCUGUAGAAGGUACUGGACUAAAGGAGGAGCCUUGCGCAGCGUACCCAUCGGCGGUGGCUGUAGAAAGAACAAGAAGAUAAAGUCAUCUUCAAGGCUCUCAAGUGACUCCAAAGACUCCAGUGGCUCCUCAGAGAUCGCUGGAUUCAGCUUCUUUCAUGGACUCUCCCCAGCCGUUGAUUUUAAUCUUGGUGGGUUAUCAUUUCCUAGGCUAAACCCUUCACAAAAUGGCUUAUAUAAUCAUUUCCCUUCAUUUGGGGAUAUUUCAGCAACUUCAGCAGCUGCAGCUACUGUUACUAGUCCUUCUUUCACUCUUGAUCCAUCUGUGAGCUCCACCGGUUCUUGUUCCUUAAUGGGGUUUAAUUAUCCACUUACUUCGGUUGCUAGUGGGUUUUGUGGUGCAAUUCAGGAGAACAUUGGUGGUGCUUCAAUGAAUAUCAACACUAAUCUCCCGUCUUCAAUUGAGUCUCUGAGUUGUAUAAACCAAGAUUUACACUGGAAGUUGCAGCAGCAGAGAUUGGCUAUGCUAUUUGGUACAGGAGAAAAUCAUAAAGAUGGCAGCACUGUUUCUACAGAUCCUAUUGAGAACCAGGUACAGAAACCACAGCCUAUUAUGUUUGAAAAUCUUGAAAUUUCAAAACCACAAGUAUGCGCAGCUGGUAAUUCAAGAAAAGAAGGUGCAGCUAGUGGUGAUACAGCAACAGAAUGGUUCUUUGGGAAUUCAUAUUCUCAAGUGACUGCAACGCCAACAAAUACUAGCAACAAUGGCAAUAAUGACAACACAGGCAAUUGGAAUGGGGUUCAAGCAUGGGGUGAUUUGCAUCAGUAUAGUGCUUUGCCCUAGACAAGAAAGUAUCAAGAUCAAGUAGACAUUAUUGAAGCAAAUAGGAAAAAAAAAACGACAAUAUUAUCUAAAUCCCAAUUUAGAGGUACAAAGAUCAACUUGUAAAAGUUGGGAAAAAUGAGACCGUAUUUAUCUUCUUUUUUUUUUUGUAUUGGUACUUAGCAAGACGUUGGAGAAUAUUAAUUAAUAGUAUCGCUUAAUUUAGGUCUUGCUGUUGCUACACUUGUGCUGAUAAUAUUUCUUUUCGCUAUUCGAUGUAUCGCUUAAUUUUGCAUAUUUACUACAAAGAUGCAGGACUCCUGCUAGCUGUUUAUGAUAGAAAUAAAAGGCCAGUUUCAGAU